GCCCAGGAGAUGAUAUCGGAGUGCGGGUUGGAGUUGGAAUCGGGCAAUUGGAACACGAUUUUGAGAGCUGUGAUAAUGGCGUUCGUAGGCGUAGCGGUUUCCUCGAUGUGGAUGUUCAUCGUUGAAGCAAUUAUUCUCUUGACGAUGGUGCUGUCGGCACGGGACUUGAUGCAGGAGUAUGUAACUCGUGCCAUGAAUUUAUAUGCGCACGAUAAAAUUGCUCCUGGUGGUGUACCCAUCGUUCCACAAAAUUUCCUGAGGUGUUUGUGGGGCAACCUUUCCUUAUG